CCCCUUGUGUACACACUUUCAUGUGAAGCGUGGUGGCACUGAACGUAUCUCGUAGUUUUCUCAUAUUUUGUCAAAUAUUGUUCAACAUGCAGUUAACACGGGAGCUAGAGCUUUACCCCGACCACAGCGUGACUCAAAUGCUUUUCAAAGAGGUGAAAAAUGCCGCCGAGUUGAGACAAAAAGCCGUGGAGGGUAAAAUAAAUGGUGCCUUGAUCAACCCGACCAUGCUGCUGAAUCCUUUUCAAGUACUGGUAGCUGCCAAUAAGGCUGUUCACUUACAGAAAAUUGGAAAAAUGAAGACAAGAAGUCUAUUCUCUGAAAUAAUCUUCAACCUGUCACCUACUAAUAAUAUCUCAGAGGCCUUCAAAAAGUUUGGGAUCUCAGACGGUGAUGACUCUGUCCUGGUGGUCCUGGUUCACAACAAAGAUGAGUCGCAGCUUCUGUCAGACAUCACAGCCAAGGUGAACGGACGGCAGGUUCCAGUGGAAGAUGUUUCCUCGCUGUCGGACCUUGCAAAGAUCAAAAAGUUGUAUAAAGUCACUCCUCAGGAGGAGAAGUGUGGGACUCUGCUGGAUGCAGUUGUAUGCAGAAUGGCCACUAAGGAUGUCAUGUAGAUACAACAGAAAAUAAGACCAGAACACUUUUUUUAAAAUAAAGAAUUGUUACAAGUGAGAUGUGGAUUAAUAGUAAUGAGUUUUCUGCUGUUAAUGUUGUUCCACCACAUUAAGUCCCAAAAUAUUGUUUCACACUUUAUGUACAUGUGAGAAAUAUAUCUUAUUUUUCA